GAGGUAGGCGCCAAAGAACAUUUUCACCCUUGUCACCUAGCAGCAAUGCUGGCUAAGCUCAAACACACACACAAACUCUUUCAAAAUUGGGUUGCCAUUUCCCUUGCUCCAAGAAGUGUCCCUGUUCCCACUGCCGGCCCAUUGGUUCUUCUUUCUCCAGUCGUUUCCCUCCAGAAAAACACAAAGUAUCCUUCCAUGCCACCACUUGUGAUUCCUGGGAAGCAUCCAUUCUUGACCACUCUAGGUAUCAUCGCUGCAAGCGUCCAGCUAUAUAGAUCCCUGAUCCAAACUUGCCCAUGAGCAGAGGGGCUUCCAUGGAUGCGAUCAGCCUUGACGACUGGGAGCUCCUGCCUGACUACAGGAGCUCCUUCUUCUUGGAAGAGGACUGCAGCAAUAGAGGCCAUGGCUCUGUCGGUGGUAAGGACCAGCUCUUGCACGGCGCCGAGCUGGUCGUGAUCGACAUGGACCACUUCGCCGCUGCAUCUCACCCUCCUCCCUAUGAUUGCAUCCCAGAUGAGGAGGAGGACAAGGAACCCAUCCUCCUGCUACCAUCACAGGAUGCCUGUGUCCAUGAUCCGGCCACCGAAUUCAAGGACACCUUGGUCGUGCCGGCCGAGCCGAAGCAAGAGGAGCUCGUGAGCAAGGUGACCGAGAUACUGAUCUACGAAGAGGAAGAUCAUGACGAGAUGGUCGUCAGAUCCCCGGCUCGUGUCAAGGAGGCUGAUCAGGAAGAGGUGCUGGUUGAAGCUGCUGCACCUGAUGAUCAGUGUGCUGGGGAGGAAGAAGGCGUCAACAAAACUGGCCUCAGCGUGGGGAACCUGAGGGUGAACGGCGUUGGUGCGCUCUGCUCGUUUGGGGUUGCAGCAGCCACGUUCUUCAUCUUCCUGCUUGGAGGCAAGCAGCAGCAGAAGCGGCAGGAUCACAAGAUCCACCGCCAGAUGUAUGCCGGCGACGAGAGGAUUCAGCAGGUUGUGCAGCAGGCAUCCAGGCUGAACCAGACCAUGUCGUCGGUCAUGGGAGGCGCAUCAUCCGCACGGGCAAGCAUAUCAUUUGGCGGGUACUAUCAGGGGUUCUGAUGCGUCAGUCAGAACUUGGAAUAAUAUAUUCCAUGCGUUGAUUAGUACUUGCUUUGUUUGUGCAUUCUUCUUUACAUUGGCCAGGGCUCAGCUGCCAGUGACCUGUGUGUACAUUUUCUGCUCCAGCUACUAGAUGUGAAUACUACUAUCUGUAAUAGAUCGAUCAAAUUGUAAGAACAUCACUAUGCAGAAAUGAAUACAAAGUUUUGUUUGAGGACC